CAUAGGCAACCGGUAAAUAAAAACAUCAACAUUCUGCAUCGAACUCCGUUUGCUUUCCAUUCCUUGCCUUCAUGUAGGCUGUUAAUAAGUUUAAAAAUUGUCCUCAACGUUUUGAAAAUUUAAAACAUGGUGUUAAAUCUACAAUUACUAGGUUUGUACACAAAAUCUCUAUAAAAUCGAUUAGUGUCUAAGAAAAAUGGGUAAGGACGAAGAUCAACAACGCAACAUGAAGAAACGUCCUGCAAGCGCAUCUCCCUACGCAGAGAACUAUCGAGUGCCGAUGGAUCUUUGCCAACGGCAUUUGAUCAAUCAUCGCCUCAUGGUAUCGAAGCUGAGUCGCCGAGAGUUGGAAGACAAGUAUAUCAACUUGUGCGAUGAGAAUUUUUCCAUGAAAAAGCGCUACCAGGAACAGGAAGAGCAGAUCAAAAAACUGAAAACCAAAUUGAUGCGAUUCUCCAGUUUGGAGAGUAACAAAACCAACAAAUCGGAUGUUAGGAUUAAUCACAGCAAAUUACAAGAUUUAGAAGAGCAGCGCCAGGAGCUUCAUGAUAAGUUGAAAGCAUUGCGGUACAGUCAGAAGCAAAAGGAGUCACGUGAGAAGCGUGACGACGGGAAGGUGGUAGGUCAGAGACGUGUUGCUUCGAGGAAGGUGGAAAGCACCUCAACGCGUUCUUCAUCGUCCUCAAAUAAUCGACAUGAGGAUGGCUACGAUGAGGAUCGUGACGAAGUAUCGUCCACCAUUGAUGAUGAUGACGAUGAUGAGCACGGUGGUCCAAGUACGAGCACCAGAUAUCGACCGAAAUCGGCAAAGCCGUGUCACAGCUGUGAAACGCUCAAGGCCGAGAAGGUAGCCAACGAGUCGGAGUUCGUGAAAAUGAAAAUGGACAUCAAGUUUCUGCAUAAGGAAAUUCAAAACGAGAAGGAAAAAAGUGCACUGCUGGGCCGUCAACUGGAGGAGAAACUAUCGUACGAAAUCAUGAAACGGAACGCCGCGGAAAACAUGGAGGUGAUUAAUCUGACACGUCAGGUGGACGACAUGGCACAGCAAAUUCAGCGACAGCAGGAUGAGCAGAGGCGGGCUCUGGAGGCGGAACUGACGAAGCAAGCUGAUCUGGAAGGACACAUCAAGAGAGAGAAAGAUAGAAACUCGGAGCUGUUCGAUGAGUGCGAGCGGCUGAAGAAGAACAUCGAGAGGAUCAAGGAGAAUAUGUCCGAAGUUGAGAUCGAACGAGAUUUCCUGAAGCGACAGCAAGAAAACUUCACCAAAGUCGUAGACGAGAAUAAGCUACUGCGCUACCAGCUGGACGAACUUCGCAAACAAAACGAAGACCUUUCCAAGCAAAUUGAAUCGCUCAGAGAAGAGGAAGCAGUUACGAAAAGCGCCCAUAAAGAGCUGCUGGAGAAGCUUAAAACGCUACAACAGGAUAACGACACGCUGUCGAUACUGCUGGAAGGCCUACGGUCCGAAAAUGAAACGUUGGUCGAAGAGAAGACGGUUCUGGAGCACAAUCUAAAGAGUUUGGAAGCAUCUCCCGUGAAAGAAAAGGCUUCCUCGCCGGUAAUAGGAAUCGAUGGUGCAACUCAGACCGAUGUGAUGGAGAUAGACGUGGAUAACAAAUCUGAAGCCGUCGUUCAAACUGACAGUCAUGGAGAACUAAUAAAUCAAGUUUCUUCAAAAUGGAGCUCCUCGUCCGAACCUGAAGAUCGUCAUUCUGAAGAGGUUGCUUCAUCCCUAACGGGAGCAAUGGUACAUACGCCGAAAACGAUGCGUCUUUCGGAAGAUUCGGUCAUCCGACGUCAUCGAGCCUCACCGAAACAGGUUCGCAUAAGUCAGAUUCUGCCACGGAUUACCUUGCUGCAGCAGAACACCCUGCAAGAAAGUAGCAAAUCAAAGCCAAGCAAUGCAGCUCUGUUGUUGUCGAACUCGUACGCGCAAUGUGUAGCGCUGGAACUUAAGAACACCAGUUUCAUGAGAAACGGUCAGUUCCACUCUGUUGCUCCAGUGUCACCCGUAUCGUCCAACUCGAUGGAGCGCAAGAGAAUAUCGUUUCAAGAAGAAGAAAGAAAUGGCACUUCGGAUGAUUCGUCAAGUCUUGUGAAAAAAGUUGAUCAGGGUUCUGUAAACGCUUCACAGAAGAAUCAAGACGAUCAAAUCCAACGAAACUAUGCCUCCUACUUUGGGCUGACGCCGGACGUACAGCAGCGUACUCGCGAAUACUCUUUGAUUCUCGACCGCACAUCCAUGGUGCGUUCAUCAUCAUCAUCGUCCCCGUCGGCUCUGGAAGAUCACAUUGCACUCGUUAUCAACAAAGUCUGCUGGAAGGACUCGACCCUAUCCAAACUGCUGGAACGAAAAGUGCAGCACUUCUAUGUGGAGUUCAGUUUUCUUGGUGAACGUGGACACCGCUUGGAAACACCUUAUUCGGCCGAUUUGCUUGCCGCCAAUGGAACCUGUCAGUUGGACGGCAGACCUUCAUUAGAACACAUCUUCGACCAUCGUGUGGUGUUCGAAUUGGGAGGACCAAAGUACGAGUCUCGACGGCAACUGUUGCGGGAAAUGUUGCUACCAGGUGGACGAGAUAUGGUUCGAUUUUUGAUCGUUCAUGAACAGGUUGAGGUGCGGAACUGCAGCGAAAUUGGGUUUGCCUCGUUUCGGUUGAAACAGGAAAUUCAGGGUUCGGGGAUGGAGGAUAGCAGAAUGAUUGAGGCUGUGAUUUAUGAUAUUAAAGACCCGGUCGAAGAGAUGGGAAUGUUGUACAUUGGGUUGGAGGGUAUUAAUUUGUUGAGGAUGAAAUUUUGGAGUUCAUCGUGACGAGCAAUAAAUUGAUGAUAACGUGUUGUAUAAGAA